GUGGGGGUGGGGGUGGGUUGCUAAGAAUCUCUGGUGACAGGUGGCCUUUGUGGACAGAACAACUGGAUUUUAGCUAAGAUUCUUCUUACCUCUUUGGAUUUUGUUAGAUUCAUCCUGUGUUGUUUAGGCCCCAUCUUUUGCUUUCCUCUUUCAAGAUGACUACUCUGUGUACUGACCUCUGCUCUAUUUGUACUAUUCCCAAGCCAUAAGGAGACUGAGCAGGGCUUCAGCAGGACUGAGAAUUGGACUUUUUUGCUUGUUGAAAAUUGUACAAAAGACUCCUGGCCUUCAGUUUACUCCACCUGUCUCAGUAGAGUGGUGACUGCCUGCUGACAGAGACAAGGGAUCCUGACUGAAGUUCUUCUCUUGUACAAUAUUUAUUCCCUCUGCCACACCGUCCCUUCAUUUUCCCUGUCGCAACAGUACGGACCUGUGAUUAAGAGCUAAUGCCUUCGAAAUAAUAAGCCAUUCCAUGUCACAGGCUGCACCAAGCCAAUUCAUCCAGGUUGUCUCAUCUAAUAUCCCAGGCCUCCUGUGGGGUAGGGAGGGAAGGAAGGUAUUUCCAGCACCACCUGACUGCUGAGUCAGUUCACUGUGACCAGGUUCAAAGGCUCCAGUUCUUUUAGACAGGGACUGGGCAUCCCAGUUCCCUGACUCUCAGUCCUGUGACCCUUCGGUGGUGCUCACAGUGCUCUGGGUACAGUGGGUAGUGUGACAGUGUGAGAGGACAGAAGGGGAACAGAAGAGCAGCUGUGUAGAGGAGGCAGCCUAGGGCCACUAGCAACUUCUCUUUCUCUGGCGAGGGAGGAUUUGAUGCUCCUGAGGAGGUUGGAACAGGGAAUUUCCUACCCAUCCUGCAGAGGAAAGAAAAGCUAAGGGUCUUUUCUUCAUUUUUCCAUCUUUCCACUCCCUUCCCAGGAAAGGAGGGAGGAGGGUGGCCCAGCUCUCCCAAGGCCUCGCAUGAGGAUACCACAUGCCAGACCCUCCUUAAAGUCUCAUGUCCAUUCUCAGGCCCGGGCUGCUGGCCCUUAGGUGAUGUGCUGUCGUGAGGCCUAGGCCAUGCCCAAGCUGGAGGAAAACCCUUGACGCUUGUCUGGAAGGAGAAGCAUGCAGGGCACCCAAAGAGGAGGACUAGUCCCUGGGCUGUCCCCUCUGGACAGACGGACACUUCUGUUCUGCAACUUUAUCUUGGCUGUAGCUUGGGGCCAAGUGAAUUUCACAGGAGACCAGGUUCUUCGAGUCCUGGCCAAAAAUGAGAAGCAGCUGUCACUUCUCAGGGAUCUGGAGACCCAGAAGCCCCAGAAGGUGGACUUCUGGCGUGGCCCAGCCAGACCUAGCCUCCCUGUGGACAUGAGAGUUCCCUUCUCUGAACUGCCCAGUGUUAAAGCUUAUUUGAAGUCUCAUGGCCUUGCCUACAGCAUCAUGAUAAAGGACAUCCAGGUGCUACUGGAUGAAGAGAGAGACGCCAUGGCAAAGUCUCGCAGGCUGGAACGCAGUACCAACAGCUUCAGCUAUUCCUCUUAUCACACCCUGGACGAGAUAUAUAGUUGGAUCGACAACUUUGUAGCUGAACAUUCUAAUCUUGUCUCCAAAAUUCACAUUGGCAAGAGCUUUGAAAACCGGUCCAUUCUUGUCCUGAAGUUCAGCACUGGAGGUCCAAAUCGCCCGGCUAUCUGGAUUGACACUGGGAUUCAUUCCAGAGAGUGGAUCACCCAUGCCACCGGCAUCUGGAUCUCGCAGAAGAUUGUCAAUGCAUACGGCAAAGACCAUGUCUUGAAGAGGAUAUUGAACACUAUGGACAUUUUCAUAGAGAUUGUCACUAACCCCGAUGGCUUUGCUUUUACUCAUAGCAUGAACCGCUUAUGGCGAAAAAACAAGUCAAGUCAACCCGGCAUCUUCUGCAUUGGCGUGGACCUCAACAGGAACUGGAAGGCAGGCUUCGGAGGAAAUGGUUCUAACAAAAACCCCUGCUCAGAGACUUACCGAGGGCCUGCACCUGAGUCAGAGCCAGAGGUAGCUGCAAUUGUGGACUUCAUCACUGGCCAUGGGAACUUCAAAGCUAUGAUCUCCAUCCACAGCUACUCUCAGAUGGUCAUGUAUCCUUAUGGCCAUUCUCUGGAGCCUGUACCUAACCACGAAGAGCUGUUCAAUCUUGCCAAGGAUGCAGUAAAGGCUCUCAACAAGGUUCACGGGAUCCAGUACAUUUUUGGCAGCAUCAGCACCACCCUCUAUUCAGCCAGUGGGAUCUCGGUGGACUGGGCUUAUGACAGCGGCAUCAAGUAUGCCUUCAGCUUCGAGCUCCGGGACACUGGACAAUAUGGCUUCCUGCUGCCAGCCUCACAGAUUGUCCCCACAGCCGAGGAGACAUGGAUGGCAUUACAGACCAUCAUGAAACACACCCUGAAUCACCCCUAUUAGCCACGCUACUCAGGCCGGAGCAGUUGGGGUUCACCCUUUUCCCUGAAAACCCUCCUGAAUUAAGUAUCCCUUCCCCAAACCGUCGUUGGACCCUUAGCAAAUAGAAGCAAAUUUGAGCAGGCCUCACUGCCUCUAGUGUUGGCUGCCAUCUCUUUGGGCAUCCCCUCAUGUCUGGGACACCCACUCCCACCCCGCCCCACCCCUUGCUGCCUUCGGGAAAAUAUGAGGCCCAUCCAAGCUCUCUUUGCUUCCAAUCCCUGGGAAGGGCCAAAAUCUACAUUGCCCUAGCAGUUUUUGUAAAAUAUUUUAAUAAAUCCAGAGGGGACCAGGCUUGAUUUAAA